AUGCAAUUCUCUCGCGUUGUCUCAUUUUUCUUCGUCCUCCUGACAUUCGGUGUCUUCGCUCUUGCGGUCCCGGCGCAGAGGGCUGCCUCUCCGGCCGAUAUAAUCCCGAUUCUCACCAACUUGAAGUCGGAGAUUCUCCCCAUCCUCAGUCAGAUAACCUCGACGGUUGCCAGUGGCAACGCUACCAGCGACUCGAUAGCCCCUCUAGUCGACGGAAUAGUUGCGGACAUCCACGCGGCUGCCUCGUCGCUCCAGGGUCUCUCCACCAAGCGCUCAUUGGAAACCCUUGAGAAGCGCCAGAGCGUGGACGACGUCGCCACCCUGGUCGCGUCGAUCAUCGAGGACAUCACCCCGCCCCUGAACAACCUCUUAGGGGACGCUGCCUCCAUCCCCGACCUCGGCUCGCUUCUGGGCGGCAUGGAUACAUCCAUGGAUGAUUUGCUUAAUGGCCUUGAGAUGCUCCUUCCCGGUAUCCUCACCUUCGUCGCUAACUUGCUCAUUGACGUCGCCGGUUCGUUAGAGAGCCUUGCUCUUGGCCUGACCCUCUCCAGCCUCGGCCUCUGA